CAAAUGAAGAAAUUAAAAAGGCAUUAACCCAACCAAAUCUCUUCCUCUUUGACCCCUCUCCUCUGUCGUUGCUGAUUUUUCUCUGCGUGUUUUCACAGAAGAACCAAUUCCAAUUCCAAUUCCAGUUCCAAAUCAAAGGCAAGCAACGGGAAGAGCGAAUCCGCCAUAGCCAUGGAGAAUCAGAGCACCUGCUUGUCGUACGAGAAGCUCAACGGCAUGGCCACAUGGGUCGGAACCAGCGUCGCCUCCGCCUUCUUCGCCUCCCUCGAGCGCUGCUCCUGCAUCAAUCUCUCCACCUCCGACGACCACGAAGAUCCCGAGGAGGCUCACGAUCGCCCUCUCAUGUACUGCAACUCCACCUCCUCCUCCGUCGUCAUCCGCAGCUUCGAGCCUCUUCCUCCGCCGGUCAACGACGUCGCCAAUCUCCCCGUCUGACCGCCGCCGCUCCCUGGAUCUCGGCUCCUCUGCCAAUUAGUACAGCUAAUUGAUUCCAAUCAUUUUACCUUCUGAUUCAGUGCAAGAACAUGGCCACACGGAUUGGACAGCAGAGAGCUUUAACAGAAAUGGCAGAACAAAGCAGGGGAGCAAAGAAAAAUGCAAAUUACCACUUGGGAUUUUCACUUAUGGAAAAUGUACAAAGAAUAUUUAGAUUACAUUCAUACAUAGAGAAGCUAAGACCAUUUCUCUUUUUAUACAUCUUGUAUUCAGUUGUUUCUUAAUUGUCAAGGCCUGCAACAGUGAAUGUGAAUUAUCUGAAUAUAUAAAUAAAGAAAUCAUUUUCAGUCACAA